AUGUUUGCUAGAGCUACUAGAUUAAACAUUAAAAAUGCGAUUGCUAAGAGAAGCAUGGCCAGCUCCGCUAGCGACUUGGUCAGCAUUGAUUUGCCAGCAUCUUCGUUUGAAACCUAUGAGAUAGACCCUCCGUCUUUAACUUUUGAAACCGAAAAAGACACCUUGUUGCAGAUGUACAAGGAUAUGAUUAUUAUCAGAAGAAUGGAGAUGGCAGCCGAUGCUUUGUACAAAGCAAAGAAGAUCAGAGGAUUCUGUCACUUGUCAGUUGGUCAAGAGGCUGUUGCGGUUGGAAUUGAGCAUGCAAUCAAUCAUAAAGAUACUGUGAUCACAUCUUACAGAUGUCACGGUUUCACUUAUAUGAGAGGUGCCUCUGUCAAAGCGGUCUUAGGUGAAUUAAUGGGAAGAAGAUCUGGUGUAUCUUUUGGUAAGGGUGGUUCGAUGCACAUGUAUGCACCUGGUUUUUAUGGUGGUAAUGGUAUUGUUGGUGCUCAAGUUCCAUUGGGUGCUGGCUUAGCUUUUGCUCACAAAUAUAGAGGUGAAAAGAAUGCUACAUUUACUUUAUACGGUGACGGUGCUUCAAAUCAAGGUCAAGUAUUCGAAUCUUACAAUAUGGCAAAAUUAUGGAACUUACCCUGUAUCUUUGCUUGUGAAAAUAAUAAGUAUGGUAUGGGUACUGCUGCUGCAAGAUCUUCUGCCAUGGUUGAAUAUUACAAGAGAGGUCAAUACAUUCCAGGUUUGAAAGUUAACGGUAUGGAUAUUUUAGCAACUUAUCAAGCUUCUAAGUUCGCCAAGGAUUGGUGUGCUCAAGGAAAUGGUCCUUUAGUCUUAGAAUACGAAACUUAUAGGUACGGUGGACAUUCUAUGUCCGAUCCUGGUACCACUUACAGAACGAGGGAAGAAGUUCAACAUAUGAGAUCAAGAAGUGAUCCUAUUUCUGGUUUGAAGCUCACGAUGUUGGACUUGAAUAUAGCUACUGAAGAGGAAAUCAAGUCUUAUGAUAAAGCAGCAAGGAAGUAUGUCGACGAGCAAGUUGCUGAGGCUGAAGCAUCGCCCCCACCUGAUGCAUCUUUUAAUAUCUUAUUUGAAGACGUCUAUGUAAAGGGCUCUGAAAUUCCUGUUUUGAGAGGAAGAAUCUCAGAUGAUUCUUGGGAUUUCAAAAACCAGACAUACUUAAAUAAGGUGUACUGA